CAAAGCUAACCAAACAUGUGUUUAUGGCAGUCUUCCAGUGACAUCUCUCAGAUCCGAGAGCUUCAGGCUGAGAUGGAGGAGCUGAAGAAGCAGAGACAGACUCUACAGAAGGAGCUGCAGACGAGUGUGUCGCGUGUUCAGUUUCUGGAGUCGUCCACCGUGUCCCGCAGCAUCGUGAGCAAGCAGGAGGCCCGUAUCUGUGAUCUGGAGAACAAGCUGGAGUUCCAGAGAGGACAGGUCAAGAGAUUUCAGGUGCUGGUUCUGCGUCUGCGGGACAGUGUGGUUCGUCUGGGUGAGGAGCUGGAGCAGGCAGCACAGGCUGAGGCCAGAGAGAGGGAGAACUGCAGAUAUUACCAGCAGAGGCUGGAGGACAUGAGGAUGGAGAUGGAGGAUCUGACUGGCAGAGAGCAGGACAGCAGCAGGAGACGCAUGGAGCUGGAGAUGCAGGUGGAGGAGCUCAGCGCCGUCAGACAGACUCUACAGGCCGAUCUGGAGACGUCCAUCAGGCGGAUCGUGGAUCUGCAGGCGGCGCUGGAGGAGGUUGAGUCCAGUGAUGAUAGCGAUACAGAAAGUGUGCAGACGGCGGUGGAGUCGUUCUCCAGAAAGAGAGAUCUCGACUCCCUGUCCAGCGUGGGCUCCAGUGUGGGCACUGAAGACGUUGGUGAAGGGAUCCGUCAUUGGGCCGGUGUGCCACGAGGACCCGGAAGCAGCUCCGGACGGCAGUCUGUCACCGACACUAUGAGCAACUACAGUUUCAGAUCUUGCACUCAGGACCUGGAUGAAGAUGUAAAAGAAAGUUCUGGAGGUCUCGGGAGAGCGUCUUCAUCCACGGCUCUCUCCGAGCUCCUGGAGGGUCUGAGGAAGAAGCGCGUCGGCUGGGAACAAGGCUCAGAUGUGGGUGAAGGCAGCACCGUUUCUCUGCCCAUCUACCAGACCACAGGAGCUUCAGCUCUACGCCGCAGAGCCUCCGCACUCUCUCUAGAAGCUGAAGAAGGUUUAGAAGAGCUGCCUCGACCUGGAAUACUCAAACCUCCCAGUCCACAUCUCCCCCGCGCCUCCAGCCUCCGCUCGCUUCCAGAAGAAAAACCAGCAGUGAGUCCAGCCACUGCUACUGUGAUGGGGAAAAUGAACCGAUUCAGCUCCUGCGACUCUCUGACGUCCAACACAAGCUCCCGACGGCAGAUCUCCACCCUCGCUAUCCCAGAAGAAGAGGAGGAGAGUAACACAAAACCCUCGCCUACUAUUGGGUAUCAGCCUGUGCGCCGGCGUCUGCUAGGCGGAUUGGUUGCCGAAUCCGGAGAGUCACAUUUAGGAGCAGAACCGCUAGUUUUCCAGAACCGCAGACUCCUGGCCAGCACUCAGGUAGGGCUGUGCGGUUAA